UUGGCCAAAUAUGCGUUCCCGCAAAAUAUUAAUGAUAGCCGGUUUUCUUGUCACCUGGACCUAUGUUAUAAUCUAUUUUAUGCCAAAAGUCAAUACGGAAUUGCCAUUGCUUAGAAAUCGCCACGAACAGGCCGUACAGCAGCUAGAAGAUGGUGUUCGGCAAGAAUAUCACAAGACCGAUAAGUUAAUGAUCAAUCUUUUGGGCAUACUGCAAGCAAAGUAUGCCACUGAGGCUCCAGAGAAGGAAAUUCGAAUACAAGCGCUGCCACAGAAUUCGCAGACAAUUUUAAGUCUGCAGGAACCACCAGCGAUUGGUCCAGACCAAGAAUUGCAGCAAGACGUGUUGGAGACACCCAAUGAAACGCAAACCUCACAUAGGCCUCAAACGGAAAUUCCAUCGACUGUCGCUACUCGUCUAGCCAAUAAUCAACCUGUCAUUCCCGUAUUGGUAUUUGCUUGCAAUCGUAUUUCCAUUUCAAAAUGUCUGGAUAAUCUCAUAAAGUAUCGACCCAGCACUGAACAAUUUCCCAUAAUUGUGUCCCAAGAUUGUGGCGAUGAGGCGACACGUAAUGUUAUAUUAUCCUAUGACCAGCAGGUAUCCCUUAUUGAACAACCCGACCAAACAGAUAUUUUUGUUCCACCUAAGGAGAAAAAGUUUAAAGGCUACUACAAGAUAGCCCGCCACUAUGGAUGGGCUCUGAACAACACCUUCAGCAAAGGCUAUGAGUUUGUCAUCAUUGUUGAGGAUGAUUUAAAUGUAGCUCCGGAUUUCUUUGAAUACUUUUUGGGCACCCACCACUUGCUCAAACAAGACAGUUCAUUGUGGUGCGUUUCUGCUUGGAAUGAUAAUGGCAAAGCCAACUUAAUUGAUAGCACGCAUCCAGAAUUGUUAUAUCGCACUGAUUUUUUCCCCGGACUGGGAUGGAUGCUCACCAAAGAAUUGUGGCAGGAACUUUCUGUUAAAUGGCCAAAAUCUUUUUGGGAUGAUUGGAUACGACAUCCGGAACAAAGGAAAAAUCGUGUUUGUAUACGGCCCGAAAUAUCCAGAACACGUACUUUUGGAAAAGUUGGUGUAUCUAACGGUUUGUUUUUCGAUAAAUAUUUGCGCUACAUAAAAUUAAGCGAAGAAUUUGUUCCGUUUACCAAAAUGAAUCUAAGCUAUCUCUUAAAGGACAAUUAUGAUAAAACGUUUCUUAAAGAAAUUUAUACGUAUCCUGUAGUAACAUACGAUGAGUUAAGACGAAAUCUCAUUACCAGAGAUGGACCAGUUCGAAUACAGUACAACACAAGGGAAGUGUACAAGAGAACAACAAAAAUGUUGGGCUUAAUGGAUGAUUUCAAGAGUGGUGUACCACGUACAGCUUAUCAUGGAGUUGUCUCUUUUAUGCACAACAAACGUCGUGUUUAUCUUGCGCCGAAUGUCAAUUGGAAGGGAUACGACCUAUCGUGGAGCUAACAGAAUUUUAUGAUUUUAAGUUUAUCAUAGUCUUAGUCCUUAGAAUUGUAAAACAAUAUGAAACGAUGAUGAUUCCUUUUUUUAGUUUUAAUGUUAUACAAGACAAACAAACAGCAAAAGUUUGACAGCAACAAAAACAAAAAGAAAAUUGAACAACUGAAAUGUAGAACACCAAUAACGAUUAAUCUCUCGAAAGGUUAAUAUACAACAAUCAACCAAUCAACCAAAUAUAAUGACUUAAGGCAUUUGUUUUAAAACUAUUACCAUGUACAAUUUGCUGUACAUAAAUUCUAAUUCUAAUUUUAAUGUAUGUAGUUAUGUUAUUUAUGUAAUAUUUAUUGUUUUGUUUUUAUGUUCUUCCCUAACUUGGUUUUUUUUUUUAACAAAAGAAAAAUAUUUUAGAUAUCAACAAAAACCGACUACCACCUCUAUAUUAUUUCUCAUGUAAUUUUACUAGAAAAAACAACAAAAAUAUUAUAAAGCAACCCAAUCGAAUAAUUGAAUCUUGAUGUUGUAACAACUGUAGUCUAUUAGGAAAAAAAAAAACAAAAACAAAAAUCGUAAAAUAUUCAUAGAAUUAAAUACCGAAUCCAUCGAUGAUAUCUCCAAGCAGCAGCUUCGAUCCUCAGCAAUACUAUUUUUAGUUCAGAUCGUUUAGUUUUACAUACAUAUAUGUAUAUUAUUUAAUUCUAACUCCGCCGAAUAUAUGUGUGAAUGUUUUGUAAACUCCAGACUUGUUAUGUACAUUACGCUGAACUGUUGCCUUUUGUUUCUCAAUAUUGUACAAAAUCCACCAUAGUCGGCAAAUCACUAAAUCUACAUGUAAUCAAACAUCAACAAAAUAAGAGUGUAUCAAAUAUUUCCAUUAAAUAAAUUGCUGCUAAUUUCAAUUGUGAUUUAACAUAAA